GGGAGAGUACCAUCCAUACUGCUGCUACUGGUGGCGGUGCAGGUUGUGUUGGUGGCACCUGCACCAGGAGUAGCACCAGGAGCAGCACCAAUGGACUGGGUUGCCACCCAUCUCAUAGUUUCUAUCUGCUAUUUGGAAAGAUGAGUAGCUCCCCUGAUACAGCUGUUGCAGCCAGAGACAGCCAUGACGGCAGUGGCUUUGCCGGUACCUCGACCAACGACAUUUCCAUUGCCGGAGAAGCCACCACGAGGGCCGAAUUUGAUACUUUUGCUGCUGCCGAGUAUGAACAAGAUCUCCCACAGCAAGCACCGGAUCUGAACGACGAUUUGGAGCUCUCAACCGAGGAGUCGGUACCUCCGGCCGAUUGUAAAAUUCUGCCGUUACUGGAGCUUUAUCCCAACAUGGAACAAGAUCACAUUUGCAAGCCAUCAGUAGAGAGGGCGAUUCGAUGCAUCGCUCCUCGUUGGGCCAAGUACUGUGGCACGAUUAACCAACAGCGAUGA